AUGACACAGGUCGAGAAUUACACGACCAAUGUUGACGAGAACAUGCGAGACCGCCUCAACAUUCACCCGGACAUGUCUCUUCACGGAACUGAAGGACCGAUUGACGUCGCUUACCCACGAUAUUUUUACAACACAUCGGAAAUAGGCCUCAAUCUCGCGGGCGACCUUGACACUGGUGACCCAACGGGCGCUAUGGUCAUCCCAUCGAGCAUGUCUCCCACCAACCAGACCCGCUCCGAUGCGAGGACUGGGUACUUCGACCCAGCUAUUUCCCGUUCGAACCUACACGUCUUGACGGGUCAGACUGUUACGCGGCUGAUUUUAGGCUUGCCCAGUUCAUUAAUAACGGGCGGUAACCGUCGCAUCAUCGGAGUCGAUUUCGCCUCAGGGCCCUCCGGAAUCAACAGGACAGUAGCCACCAACAAAGAGGUUAUCCUUGCCGCUGGUGCUAUUCAAUCCCCUGUUCUCCUGCAGAUCUCAGGCAUCGGCCCCAAGAAAGUCUUGAAGUCCUUGAAUAUCUCCGUGCAGAUUGACCUGCCGGGAGUUGGAAACAACUUUCAGGAUCAUCCCAUGGCUCAGUUUCCGUUCGAAUGCUACGCCACGCAAAAGCGCAUCGUACUCGACCACCUCGCCCGCGAAGACGUCGGCGCCUACGAACUCCUCGCCGCCUCUUGGGGUCAAAUCUCCAUCGCCGCUCAGAAGCCCCUGUCCCGCGGCACCGUCCAUCCGACCUCUCCUUCCAUCUUCGACGGGCCUCUGCUUGACCCGCGCUACUGCGCAGACCCGUUCGACUGCAAGAUCAUAAGGCUUGGCCUGCGAACAGUACGGAGACUCAUGAAGUCCGAUGCGAUGAGGCCGCUUCUUCCUGUCGUGGACACGCGGUUCGAAUCGGACGACUACAUGGAGUUGACGGCGGCGCUAAAGCCGCUGGUAGGUACAGAGUAUCACCCCAGCGGGACAACGAGCAUGAUGCCUGAAGAUAUGGGCGGGGUCGUGGAUGCUGAGUUGAUGGUGUACGGGACGUGUAACCUGCGGGUUAUCGAUGCGGGGAUCAUGCCCUUGAUUCCGGGUGCGCAUAUCCAGGCUGCGGUGUAUGCCGUGGCUGAAAAGGCCGCGGACAUCAUCAAAGCCGCCGCAAGUGGCCCGGAAGUCUGUCCCCUCGGCCUUCUUAAGUGGCCUAUCGGUCAGAACACAGUCUGA